AAAAGUUUUUUUCCUGAUUCACCUAAUUCCUCACUUGAGUUAAUGAAAAUAAUAUAUUUUUAAAUAUUUUUUUGAAAAAGAACUCUUUGUGGAUUAAAUAGAAGGUAAACUGGGGAACUCCCUUCUCCACAUACUGAGUAUUAAAACAGAAAAUAGCAAAAAAGUAAGGAGUUUGUAAUUGUCCAGGCGUCAAGGAAGGAAGCAGAAGAUUCUACAGGCACAGAAAUGAUUCUCUUGAUUGAUCUUUUCCUGCAGGGAUUGAGAAGUCUGGUGGCAACAACCUUGGCUCUUUUCCUGGUGUUUUCUUCCAUGGGAAACUCCAGCGGUGCACCGCAGAGACUCUUUGAGAGAAGGAAUUGGACUCCUCAGGCUAUGCUCUACCUGAAGGGCGCACAGGGCCGCCGCUUCCUCGCAGACCAGAGCCGGAGGAAGGACCUCUCCGACCGGCCGCCGCCCGAAAGACGAAGCCCAAACUCCCAACUACUGACUCUUCCAGAGGCGGCAGCUCUGUUACUGGCUUCCUUGCAGAAACUACAAGAAGCUGGAGAAGAAAAUUUUGAUCAAACCAGAUUCCUAGAAGACAGUCUGCUAAACUGGUGAAAAUAGACCAGAUUACAUUCAAUUACAGUGCUGUUCUUGCUGAAAAGAUGAACCACGUGAAUAAAACCCGCAGACCCUUUUACUUCAUUUGUAAUCUUAGGAAUACGCACAGCUAGAUUUAUUCUUCUGGAUGCAAAAUAAUGUAGAGUUCUUAGCAGAGAACUUCAUUGCCUUCUUUCAUUGCUUCCGGUCCUGUUUAGAUCACUUUGUGUCUUACUCUUGAAUUUUUUAGAGCAUUUUUGAUUGUAAGGCUGAAGACCCAUUAGACUGUUGUCUUUUGUUAAAACAGAUAUCCAUUUUGGUCUAAUAAUUGCUAGCGGUCGGUUUUUCCAUGCUGUCACCCACUUGCAUUGUCUUGUCACUCAGCAGUAAAUCUCCCUCUCUUUCUCCCCUUUCCCAUCCCCAGGGAGGGUGAGGGAGAAGCAUAGUGGGAUGGGAAAGAACAGAGUGUGAUUCUCUUAGCAGUUCAUCCAGGAGAGGUAAGUUGUUAAGAAGGGAAGUGGGAGCGGGUGAGUGGGCAGGAGGCCUGUGGUAGAACGCUUCAGUGUGGCUGCUGAGAGAGGUGGCUAGAGGUGAGGCUGGAGCAGGUGGAAGCUUCGCUGAUGUUCCACAGCCAGGAGCUCCCCCUUGUGUUCUUUGGA